AUGAGCGAGUCGUCGACUUCGCAUGCUACCCGUCUCGUGAUUUGCCCAUACAACCUCAAUCAUCGAAUCGAGCCGAAUCUAUUCGCCGAUCAUCUACGAGCAUGUCGACUGCGCUACUGCCGACAGAACGCACAGAACUUGAAGCUAGUCAGGUGUCGCAUUAAUUCACGACAUUUUUUACCUGAUAUCGAGAUAGAAUUCCACGAACAAUUUUGUGAGGACCAGGUUUAUCGUCAAAUUGUAGCCGAGUUGAAGACAGAACCAAUACCGGUGAAAAUACCAAGUUCGGACUCAAGCGAUAACGAUGACCACAGUGACAACGAUACCACGACAUCUGUCAGUUCAGGUGAAGACGACUAUUCAACAUCAUCAAGAAGCGGACUGAUGUAUCAUGUAUUAAAAAGCCCCAAUCCUAAAUAG